CCUUUGAAUGUGCGAACUCAGGACUAACUGAUCUCCUCUUUUCCCCUGCGACCCGCCAGAAAACCGGGGCUCUGCCUGGACGGAAAGGGCGCCUGAUGGAGAGGCAGGGCCGGGGCAGUUCCAAGUUUCAAAAGGCACAGAAACCACAUAAAGAAUGUGUGGGCCGUCAGCCAAUACCAUCUCACCCGAACAGAAAUUCAGGGCAAAGUGGGAAUUGUCGGAUCUUAUAUCGUGUGAUGUAUACCUGGAACCGAGGUGGGAGGUUGAAAGAACUUCGUAUUAGGCACCUGGCAAGGAAAUUUUUUUACCUGUGGAAGCGGAAGGCAUUUGGAAGAGUCCUGCCAUCCAAGGCCAGGGCUUAUUUUGUUCAGAAAACGCUGCAGAAAACCUUUGGAGAGUGGAAGGAGGAAUGGUGGGUUCUUUGCAGAGAAUGGAAGCUUACCGUCAGAGCCGACUGCCGUCACAGGUAUUUUCUCUACCACAAGGUCUUUCAGGCUUGGAGGUCUUACCUGCUCCAGAAACGAGCAAAGAAGCUUGCCUACUAUACUGCAGAGGCCCAUGCAGCCAAGCAGAAAACCCUCUGGAGUUGGCAGCAUUGGCUGAGCUACAUCCAGCUAUGCAGGAUGAAGCAGCGGAUGCACUGGGAGGCACUGCACUUCUGGCAGCAGAGCACCCUGCGGCUCUCUUGGGGACUGUGGCAGAGGCGAUGGCGCCAGAGGCAGGCUUACCGUGGGAUGGAGUCCCAGGCCCUCCAGCAGUGGGCGCACAGCGUGCAACUUUGUGCCUGGCUGCAGUGGAAGGCCCUCGACACACAACUCCAGCAGGAAAGAGCAACGGCCGGCUGGGCAGCGAGGCGCCUGCAGCACUGGACAAUGUGGAAGGGCUUGAAGCCCUGGCUCCAGUACGUGGACCAGAGGAGGGAGAAGCAGCGCAGGAGCAGGCUGGCAUCGCAGCACCAUCAUGCCCAGCUCCUCCGUUGGCACUUCUCAGCCUGGCAGCUGGCGUGGAAGCACAAGAAGCAGUCAGAGCACCUCGCCCAGCAAGUGGCUGGCACAAUUCUGCGAAGGGCAUUUGUCCAGUGGAAGCUCUAUGUGACCUUGUGUGCUGAAGAAGCGGAGCAUUACGGGCUGGCUCAAAGCCACCAUAACCAUCGUCUGCUGAGUUUUGGUUUUCAUGCCUUGCGAAGGAACAUCCAGGAGGCUUCCCUCAAGCAAGUGAGAAGAAAUCUGGCUUGUCAGCAGCACCGGGUCAUGCUCACAUCCAGGUUCUGGGAUUGCUGGACGUCUCGUCUGGAGCAGAAGGAGGAUGAGCAGCACCGUCUCCUGACCCUGGCAGCCGCUUCUCACCACAGGCGGAGGCUGCUGCAGAAGUCUCUGUGGACCUGGAGAGAGGGAGCCUGCGGGGAAAGAUGGUGGAAGUUCCAGUGGGCCAAAGCCGAGCAGCAUCGAGGGGCCGUGGUCUUGUCUGCUGCCUUCCAGGCCUGGGAGCUGUUCAAGGACCACCAGCUCUGGUGGAGGCAGAUGAACGGGGUGGCCGCCGGGUACCACAGGGAGACGUGGACCAGGCGAGUCUUUGUGCAGUGGCUGUUGAGGCAGUGCGAACACCAGGAGGGACGGGCGGCAGAGAAGAUGGCAACGUUGCAUGCUGGACAGCGACUUUUGUCCCAGUUCUGGGGCCAGUGGCACAGGGCCACUCUGGCCUGCCUGGAAGAGCGAGAGGGCGUCUCCUUGGCCAAGGGGCAUCACCGGCAUCGGCUCCUUUGGGCCACUUUGCACCUCUGGAGGGAGAAUGUCUGGGAAAUGAAGAGAGGGCGGGCAAAGGAGGCAGCGGCCUUGCACUUCCGUUCAGAGAAGCUCCUGUGGCAUUCGUGGAGGAAGUGGCGACAGUACCAGAUGCAGAAGUCUGAGAAGUGGAAGAAGAUGGCCCGAGCCGAGGGCCACUACCAGCAGGUCUUGUUGGGCAGAGUCCUGAGGGCUUGGAAGGCCUACCAGACAAGCGUCCAGGGGGUCCUUCACCAGGUGGCCCAGAAGGAGAGGGACUACAGACGGCAGCUGCUGCGGUAAUCCCCCUCUCCCCCCGACUCGGUCUGACAGUGCUGGGCAUUCCCCUUCCUCAGCCGGCUGGGCCCCCCUGUGGUAGUGUGAAGGGGGCCCUGGGUCCAGUCUCCCCGAAGAUCAGGCCGGGCUGGGGGGAGGGGAGAUAAAGCUCCAGGACCUCUCUGCUUCCCAGGCAGGUGCUGCGAUCCUGGAAGGGAAAGACGUCUGAGCUCAGGCAGGAGGCAGAGGCGGCCAGGCUGGCUGGGCAUCUU